AUGGCUUCAAAAUGCCCCAAGUGUGAUAAGACGGUCUACUUCGCCGAGAAGGUAUCGUCGCUGGGCAAGGACUGGCACAAGUUGUGCCUAAAGUGCGACCGAUGCAAUAAGUUGCUGAAUGCUGGCGGACACGCUGAGCAUGACGGAAGACCCUACUGCCACAAGCCGUGCUACGCUGCCCUUUUUGGACCUAAAGGCGUGAACAUCGGCGGGGCCGGUUCUUACGUGUACAACGAGCCGGCCAACAACAACAAAGUGACGCCCGCCGGCGGGGACAGCAUCCAAAAGGAGGCCGAGGAGAAGAAGACAUUCGUCGCCAAACAGCCGUCCAAAGCUGGAGCCGUCACCAAUUUUUCGGGCGAGGCCAACCUGUGUCCCCGAUGUAACAAGAAGGUCUACUUCGCCGAGAGGGUGACAUCACUGGGCAAAGACUGGCACCGGCCGUGCCUGCGCUGUAAGAGGUGCAGCAAGACCCUGUCCGCUGGCGGCCACGCAGAGCACGACGGCCAGCCGUACUGCCACAAGCCAUGCUACGCCGUCCUCUUCGGGCCCGAAGGCGUCAACACAGGCGGCGUGGGCAGCUACAUCUACGAUCCCAUCGAGUGA